AAUUAUAUCUAAUAAAUAUUUCUGUGUUAAUAUAUAGAGGUAAUAAAACGCGUUAAUUCUGGUUUGUGCCGGAAAAGCGUCACUCUAUGUCUUUGUUGUUUUCCUGUAAUGGCGGAACGCACGGAGGGAGAGAGCCUUGCUUUCAGCGCUAACGGUAGCACAAUGGCGCAGCAGCCUGCACCCCGAUUCCCCCCGGCUGCUGCACCUCCAGCGUCCGCAGGCAUGCAGAGGAGGCAGCCGCUUCUCAGCACUCCCGCAACGCCGCCUUUCGCCGCCGUGAUGCGCGGACCGCCGCCUCCAGCCAGACCCCCUUUUGGGCGCCUGCCCUUCGAUCCCAGCGUUCCCCCGCCCAUAGCCACUCCUCAUUUACAGAGACCACCAUUCAUACCCCCACCAGUAGGCAACAUGCCUCCCCCUCCUGGGAUUAUCUUCCCCCCUGGAAUCCCACCUACAGCCUCUGCUGCACCUGCUGCACAUACACUGACCACUACAGAAGAGAUCUGGGUAGAAAACAAAAGCCCUGAAGGAAAGGUAUACUACUACAAUGCACGCACACGGGAAUCAGCCUGGACAAAACCGGAGGGUGUAAAGGUAAUCCAGCAGGCUGAACUCACCCCACUAAUGCUGGGACAGGCUGCAGCUGCCGCUGCUGCAGCAGCCACGGCUGCAGGACCAGCCUCUGGAGCCCCCAGCACUUCUCCCGGUCUCCCAGCUGCAGGAUCCAGCAUCGCACCUCCACACACUACCCAGACCUCUUCCACAGCAAUGAGCUCCAACUCCACUCCCAGCACAUCUGCCUCACCUCUCCUGCCCACACCUGGUGCAGCUCCUGAAGGCCCUGAGCUCUCAUCCGCAGUAGCUGCACCGCACAGUGUAGCGGUGACCCCCGUGGCUUCUGUCAAUCCCCCCACAGUAGCAGUCACUGUGACCACGGGUCCACAGCCACUUCCUGUGGGUUUAUCUCACACUGUCCCACAACCUACUGCCCCCAUGCCAGCUUUUCCCCCAGUGAUGGUGCCGCCUUUCAGAGUGCCUCUGCCUGGCCUGCCCAUUCCUCUGCCAGGUGUAGCAAUGAUGCAGAUAGUCAGCUGUCCCUAUAUAAAGACAAUCUCACCCAGCAAGAACGGUAUGCUUCCUGGAAUGGCGCCUCCCCUGAUACCCAUGAUGCCUCCUCAGAUGACAGUAGCUGCAGCGUCUUCCCCGCUUGCCCUCUCUGAAUGGUCAGAGUUUAAAACUGCAGAAGGAAAAUCUUACUACUACAACAAACGAACGCUGGAGACCACCUGGGAGAAGCCGGAGGAGCUCCGAGAGAGAGAAACUGAACUUGAGAAAAUGAAGGACACUGCAGUGGAGAUUGAGGAUGCUGUUUUAAUGGAGAUGGAGGAGGGAAGCCCCAGGAUUGAUCCACCUAAAGAACAGAAGGAGGAAGUGAAGGAGGUGGAGAUGACUGAAGAAGAGAAGGUUGCCAAGAAAGCAAAACCUGUAGCGACCACUCCUAUUCCUGGAACUCCAUGGUGUGUGGUGUGGACCGGUGAUGAACGCGUGUUCUUCUACAACCCCACCACUCGCAUGUCCAUGUGGGAGCGGCCGGAGGAGCUGGUGGGGCGGGCAGAUGUGGACAAGAGCAUCCAGGAACCGCCACACAAGAAAGGCCUAGACAACGGCCCCAAACUGGUAUUUGGCAAGCUAGAACAAGAGCCUGCAGCUACAGAGGACACAUCGGAGGAUGAGCCCAGCAGAGCCAAGAAGAGAAAAGUUGAAGAGCGGAAGGACUCUGAUUCUGAGAAGGAAGCAGCGAUGGAGGCUGAGCUGAGAGCAGCGAGGGAGCGAGCUGUGGUUCCACAGGAGACUCGGAUGAGUCAGUUUAAAGACAUGCUGCUUGAGAGAGGGGUUUCCGCUUUCUCUACCUGGGAGAAGGAGCUGCAUAAGAUUGUAUUUGAUCCCCGGUAUCUGCUAUUAAACCCGAAGGAACGGAAGCAGGUGUUUGAUCAGUAUGUGAAAACUCGUGCUGAGGAGGAGAGGAAGGAGAAGAGGAACAAAAUCAUGCAGGCCAAAGAUGACUUCAGGAAAAUGAUGGAGGAAGCCAGACUUGGAGUCAGAACCACAUUUAGUGAAUUUGCAGCCAAGCAUGCCAGGGAUUCCCGGUUUAAAGCAAUCGACAAGAUGAAGGACAGAGAGGCCAUUUUUAUUGAGUUCAUGACCUCUCUCAGGAAGAAGGAGAAGGAUAACUCUAAGAAUCGGGGCGAGAAGGUGAAGCAGGACUUCUUUGAGCUGCUCUCAGACUAUCACGUUGAUGGCCAACAGCGCUGGAGCAAGGUGAAGGAGAAGAUGGAGACAGAUCCUCGAUACAAAGCAGUGGAGACGUCAGCAGCUCGAGAGGAACUCUUCAAGAGCUUUGUGGAGAAGCUCUCCAAGAACUCAAGUGCAGAAAAAGAGCGAGAAAUGGAGAAGCAGGCGAGGAUCGAGGCCAGCCUGAGGGAGAGAGAGCGGACGGUGCAGCGCUUCCGCUCCGAGCAGACCAAAGAGAUUGACCGGGAACGAGAGCAGCACAAGCGAGAAGAAGCCAUGCAGCAUUUCAAAGCCCUCAUGUCUGAUAUGGUGAGGUCAUCGGACGCCACCUGGUCAGAUACAAGGCGCUCUCUGAGGAAGGACCACCGCUGGGAGACUUCAUCACUGCUGGAGCGAGAGGAGAAAGAGAGGCUCUUUAACGAGCACAUUGAGGCCCUGACCAAAAAGAAGAAGGAGCUCUUCCGGCAGCUUUUAGACGAGGCGUCUAUUGUCACAUUAACAUCAACAUGGAAGGAGGUCAAAAAGAACAUCAAAGAUGAUCCCAGAUGUAUAAAGUUCUCCAGCAGUGAUCGGAAAAGACAGAGGGAGUUUGAAGACUACAUCAAAGACAAACACAUCACGGCUAAAGCAGACUUCAGAACUUUGCUGAAAGAGACCAAGUUCAUCACAUACAAGUCUCGGAGGUUGAUACAGGAGUCUGAGCAACACCUGAUAGACAUAGAGAAGAUCCUACAGAAUGAUAAGCGCUAUCUUAUCCUGGACUGUGUACCAGAUGAAAGACACAAACUCAUCAUGGCGUACGUGGAGGAACUGGAGCGCAGAGGGCCUCCUCCACCUCCCACAGCCUUCGAGCCUACUCGUCGCACCACUAAAUGAUCCGUGCAGUAGAGCACCUGCCAGACCUCUCCAGCAGCUUCUGUCCACCAGUAGCCUUCAGACUACCAUCCAUUCCUCAGGCUCAGUCAGAAAGCAUAUGUUUUGCCAUCCACUUUCAUAACUCUGGUUCUUAUCCUUGUUCUUUUUUUAUUAUUAUUUUAUUAUUCUUAUCACAUCCUUACUAGUUUCCUUACCCUCUGAUGUUCCACCGUAAGCGCAUCUGAUUGUAGGACUUCAGGACAGAAUGACAGAUUGGAAGCAAGCAUGCUAAUGUGCUUUCGUCGUGCCCCGUCUGGCUGCUGGGAACAAAUGUCAAAAGCGGUUAAAGAUAUACGCUAGUGUAACCAUGCCUAUUGGUUCCACGCCCAAACAAGCUCACCUGAUCCCUCUAGCAUGGUGCGAAGUAUGUGUUCUAGCUCUGCAGGGACAGCUGGGUUUGUGCUGUGCCAGAGAGAAAGAAUGCCCAGUUGUGGAGUUGGCAGAGUGACAGUGACCACCUGAACCCCCUCAUCUGCUCCCUCCAUUUCUCUGUAGUUUCUCUUUCUCCAGCUACCUGUGGCUUUAUCCUGGCCCUUCAUCCUGACCCAGCCACCGAUAGUCAUGCUUUCUCUUUGUUUGUAUAGCUUUUGUAUAAAUCAUUCCGUUCUACAAAUUGGGAAGAUCCCCAGUUUUGCUGUCAUCUCUGGUGACUGUGGUCAUCUGACGGGUCGUCCAGCUGCUGGACCCCCGCUGUUCAUCUGUCAUUUUAACUGACAACGGUUCAAAUGUAAGAUAUUUUUUAAACAGUGGAUUAUAAUGUAUGUAUUCAUUACAUCAUUAACCGUAUGUGACGUUGGUCUGCGCAAGCAGUCAUGGUUGACAGUCCGCUCAUAGUAAGGUUUAAUUUAAUUGUUCUGAUGUUUUUUCAAAAGACGACUAAACAUUUUUGGAGUCGCUGUAUUUCUGUACACAUUGACUGAAAUAAAAGCAGCCUACUUUUUUA